CGGCGUCCACGACCUCAAACUUCACAGGACAGGAUCACACCCACACCACCACCAGCCGUGCCUCGACAAGCCUCGCCUCGCCUCCGCCCGCUGCGUGCUCGGCCACGGCGGCGCCAAUGGCCGACCGCGUCUACCCCUCCGCCAAGCCCAACCCGCCACCAGUGGCGGUGGCAGCCAACGGCGGCGGCGCGCCGGCGUCUUUCCCACCGCCCAAGUCGCAGAUGUACCAGCGCCCCAUCUACCGGCCGCAGGCCCCUGCCAAGCGCCGGCGCGGCCGCUCCUGCCGGUGCAGCUUUUGCUGCUGCUUCUGCUGGGCGCUGCUGGUGCUCAUCCUCCUCGCGCUCCUCGCCGCCGUGGCCGGUGGAGCCUUCUACCUGCUCUACCGCCCGCACCGCCCGUCCUUCACCGUCUCCUCUGUCCGCCUCGCCGCGCUCAACCUCACCUCCUCCGCCACCGCGCCCGUCCUCACCGACGUCAUCACCCUCAUCGUCACCGCCAAGAAUCCCAACAAGAAGAUCGUCUACCUCUACGACGUCUUCACCUUCUCCGCCACCACGGCCGCCAACGGCGUCCCGCUCGGGGACGCCACCGUGCCUGGCUUCACCCACGAGGCCGGCAACACCACCGUGUUCACCGCCACCAUCACCGCCAAAGGGGUCACCGUCGACCCCAGCGGCGCCAGCUCCGACAUCAAGAAGUCCGGCAGCUUCUCCAUCGCCCUCGACGCGGAGACGCGCGCCGGAGUCAAGGUCGGCAGCCUCAAGACCAAGAAGAUUGGCAUCCAGGUUCACUGCGAGGGCAUCAAGGUCACUCCCCCGGCCCCGGCCCCGGCCCCGCCGGCGCCGAAGAAGGUGAAGGGGAAGAACAGCACUGUCCUCGCACCAUCUCCGGCUCCGUCCGCCGCAGACACGACGACAACGGCUUCGGCGACCGUGAGCACCGCCGCGCACUCGUGCAAGGUCAGAGUCCGUGUCAAGAUCUGGAAGUGGACUUUCUAGGUGUAAUGAAACGUAAACCGUAGGGGCUGGAGCGCGAAAUUUUUCAGUAAAGUUUUUUUCGCUUUAUUAUACGUAAUUUAUUUAUUAUUUAUAUUGGAGCAGUAGGAACCAUGCGUGCGUUGUGUCGGUGUAAAUUCUCUCAAACAUUUGUUUAUUUUUCUUUAGAGUUUUUCUUGAAACAUUUUUUCUGUCAUUAAUUACUGGGUCUAUAAUUUGGUGAUCUGAUAUUGUACACUGUAAUUCGAAUCUAUUAAAGUUUGCAAUUGGUAGUCCUUCAA